AUGGGCGACUGGAGCUUUCUGGGGCGGCUGCUGGAGAACGCUCAGGAGCACUCGACGGUCAUCGGUAAAGUCUGGCUGACGGUCCUCUUCAUCUUCCGGAUCCUGGUGCUGGGGGCGGCGGCCGAGGAGGUGUGGGGCGACGAGCAGUCCGACUUCACCUGCAACACGCAGCAGCCCGGUUGCGAGAACGUCUGCUACGAUGAGGCCUUCCCCAUCUCGCACAUCCGCUUCUGGGUGCUGCAGAUCAUCUUCGUGUCCACGCCGACGCUCAUCUACCUGGGCCACGUGCUGCACAUCGUCCGCAUGGAGGAGAAGCGGAAGGAGAAGGAGGAGGAGCUGCGCAAGGCCAACAGGUUCCGAGAGGAGAAGGAACUCCUUUAUAAAAAUGGUGGAGGCGCUGCAGGAGCUGGAGGAGCUGGAGGAGGAGGCGGCAAGAAGGAGAAGCCGCCAAUCAGGGACGAGCACGGAAAAAUCCGUAUCCGGGGCGCGUUGCUGCGAACCUAUGUGUUCAACAUUAUUUUCAAGACCCUGUUUGAAGUGGGAUUCAUUUUGGGCCAGUAUUUCCUCUACGGCUUCCAGCUGAGGCCCCUGUACAAGUGUGCACGUUGGCCCUGCCCCAACACCGUGGACUGCUUCAUAUCGAGGCCCACUGAAAAGACUAUUUUUAUUAUAUUUAUGCUUGUGGUGGCUUGCGUGUCUCUUUUGCUGAAUUUGUUAGAGAUCUAUCACCUCGGGUGGAAGAAGGUGAAACAGGGCAUGACCAACGAGUUCGCCCCCGACCACGAGUCGCUGCGACGCGUCAACAUUGCGGCCCCUAAGUGCUUGGCCUUGGCCUCCAGAACUGCCCCCUCCGGCCUCAGCUACCCUCCCAAAUACACGGACGUGACGGCGGGCAGCGGGGCGUUCCAGCUGCCCUCGGCGGGGCCGGCGACCGCGCCCUCGGCGGCGGAGUUCAAGGUGGAUGAACUCCAGCGGGAGGAGCCGCUCCGACAGCACUCCCCCUCUCCACACUACUACAUCAGCAGCAACAACAACAACCACAGGCUGGCCGCGCAGCAGAACUGGGCCAACCUGGCCACCGAGCAGCAGACUCGGGAGAUGAAGGCCGCCACUCCACCCUCCUCAUCCUCCUCCUCCUCCACCAGCACCGACAAGGAGGAGCAGCAGCUGCAGCAGCCCGUCGAUGCUGCGCUGCUCCCUCCAACCAGCAACACCAACUCAACGGCCGCCGCCGCAUCCGGCAGCAGCACUGCGUCCAACGCGGGCAGCUGGAGCGGGGGGAAGAGCGAGCAGGAGGAAGGCCACGUCACCACCACCACCGUGGAGAUGCACGAGCCUCCGGUAUCGGUCGGCACAGACCCUCGGCGGCUCAGUCGGGCCAGCAAGAGCAGCAGCAUCAGGGCCAGGCCGAGCGACCUGUCUGUCUAG